UCACAUUCGAGAAAACAGAUCAUUUUCACACUUGUACACGAGUCAUUAAUACACAAGUACCAAAUAUCUCACCUUUGUUUGCUUUCUAGUGUUAACUUUUUAUGUUAUGUAAUAUAAGCCCUUCCCCAUUCUCUGACUUGAAAAUGGCCUUCGCAAGUGUCAUAGCUCUUGUUGCAUUUCUUCUUCUGCAACCUCUUUCAUCUAAAUCUGACUUCCUUUCCCCUCUGCUUGCUCCCAUCUUUGAUAAUGUUUGCAAGGAAGUGGAAUGUGGAAAAGGAACAUGCAAACCUUCUAAUAACAGCUCUUUCUUCUUUGAAUGCGAGUGUGAUCCGGGUUGGAAGCAAGCUCUUUCCAAUGAGACGGACUUGAAGUUUCUUCCUUGCAUAGUUCCCAAUUGUACACUGGACUACUCUUGCUCCAAAGCCCCUGCCCCUGUUCAAGAUAAGACACCGAAAUCCAAUGAGUCAAUUUUUGAUGCUUGCCAUUGGGUUGAUUGUGGAGGUGGCUCAUGCAACAAGACAUCCAUCUUCUCCUAUAAUUGUGAAUGUGAUGCUGGCUAUUACAAUCUCCUAAAUGUCACUGCCUUCCCUUGCUUCAUGGAAUGUUCUAUUGGCAUGGGUUGUUCUGAACUUGGAAUAUCAAUCAAAAACUCAUCUACUUCUGCACCACCAGCAUUGAAUGACAACAGUAAAAAUGAGGGUAGCUCAAUUUUACGAGGAAGUUCACUUUGGCUGGUCAUGCUAGUUAUGUUCAUGACAAUGCUCCAAUUGCAAUAGGAUAAUUGCAGGAUGAUUUUAGCAGUACUUCAUUAAUUCUAUGCUAUUAAUUUCAUGAGGACUGAUGAGUGAUGACCAUAUGAAUAAGGCAUCACAUCAGGGUUUAAUACAUUACAGUUUUAGUUAUGUAUAUCUAGUACACGAUUUGUCUUCUUUUUUUUUCUUUCUAUUCUCUUAACACAAUUAUUCCAGAGUAUAUUAAUGUGAUGAGAUUGUUGUGAGUCUUGCAACA